GCUGGAAAGUUGCUUCCUGCUGGCGGUGUGGCUACAAGUUGCCUCACGGAGGUUUUACCCAGGGUUUCUGAAGUUGAGAGCUGUAACAUUUGCUUUCCAUUAAGUAUACCUGAAGAAACUGUUAUCCGUCUUAAAGAUGGAAGCAGAUGGCUGAAACUUAGCAACUCUUUUGUUACUUCUGUUGCUGCUCCUGGUGUUGAAAGAAUAUUCUACGGCAGAGCAGAUGAUCUUGACAUUGCAGCUCACUUGACACAGGACAUUGAGUCACAUUCUUCACUCAGUGGGUCCAUACUGGGACCAGUGCUGUUUAAUACCUUCAUCAAUGACACAGACAGCAGGAUCAAGUGCACUCUCAGCAAGCUUGCAGAUGAUGCCAAGCUGAGUGGUGCGGUUGAUGUGCCUGAGGGGUGGGAUGCCAUCCAGAGGGACCUGGACAAGCUUGAGAAGUGGGUCUGUGUGAAUCACAUGAGCUUCAACAAGGUCAAGUGCAAGGUCCUGCACCUGGAUUGGGGCAAACCCAGACAUUUCAAAAAAAUACAAGACAAAAAAGAAGCAAUCUGCUUUCGUAAUCAUCAGGCAUCCUUAGGCACAUCACAUGAGCAAUAUUCCAUGUUACCUAGGGGCUUGGAUAGAAUUACUACUACAUUUGGAACAAAAGUUAUCCAAGAUAUAUCAGCUGGAGAGCUUAUAAAUCCACCAAAAACUUCUGAGGAAGUGGAUAAAGAAGCCAGAGAAGGACGUGAUCUGUACAUUGUGUCACACAAUGAUUAUUAUGUGGGGGAGGCAAUAAAUAGGAAGUACCACUCACCAAACUUCAGCAAGUCUUUUGUUUAUGGAACAGAAACCCCUCACUUUAAAGAUGGACAAAGUGUAUCCAAAUCCUUAAAUUGGCUCUAUGAUCUGCAAUCGAAGAAGAGCAGCAAAAUCGUGUCAAAACAAAGUGAUGAUUUCAAAGAAAAAUUUCAGCCUCAGCUUGGAAAAGUCCUUGACCCUAUAGCAGAAACAAUGAAUGUUCCCCGAGGCCAUACAUUUGGAAUGUUACUCUGUCCAGAUGAAUAUAGAGUUGGUGGUCAUCUUCACUGCUGGGUUCCAUGUGAGUUCCUCCAUGGUAAAGACAGAGAGAGAGCUGUCUUCACUGCAGUUCAGCAAAGUUUGAAGAAAGGUAACUAUGAGAAUUUUGACAUGUUACUAGAAGCAUUCAGGCAUUAUGAUAAGCUAGAUACUCCUGUUCUGCCUGAAGACACAAAGAGAAAUGAUAAGCCACUGCUGAAGCAGGAAGAUCUUGUGUUAAAAGAACCGGGAAUCUCAGAAAAGACACCAAGAACACUUAGAAGAUGAACAGAUCAUAUAUUUGCAAAUUAUCAAACAACAACUUCUCAGUAUAAUGCUGUAGUAGGUGGUCUCCCAACAACCUAUUAUCCAGCGUGUGGUGUUCCAUCUAUUCGUUCAGAUAUUCCUGCUCCUCGAAAUUGCCCCAUCAGUGACAGAACUAAUUAUGGUGAUGAGGCCAAUGCUUAUGAAUUACUACCUUCAGUAAAGAGAGUGUAUGCAAGAGACUUUUUUAAAGCAAGACCAAAGGCAGAGAUUGCACAAGUUCUCUGUAACAUUGAUGUGAACAUUUCAGAUGAAAGGUUUGAAGAGAUAUGGAAGCAGGCCUGUAUGAAACAUCAGAAGGAAGAGGUUUGUGUAGAAAGCAUCAGGACUGUACUGGAUGAG